AGAGCCUCGCAGACCGAGAAAGACACGGUGGACUCCAUUGCUGUCCCGAGUGCGUUUCUCGUCGGACUUCGGUGUUCUGCCGUUACUGCGUGUCUGUCCCACGCUCUCGUGCACGUAGAAAUCGCCUCUCCGGUCCGUACGGCGAAUCGUUACGCUCGACCGGCCGAACGGUUGUGAAUAAGUACGCUCGCUUGUUUAUCCAGUGUGCGAAUACGCGGGUGUUCGCGGGCCGAUCUUUCUCGUGUGUAAGACGAGACGUGAAUAGACAACCACGAUGGCUGACCAACUCACAGAAGAACAAAUCGCAGAAUUUAAGGAAGCAUUCUCGCUAUUUGAUAAAGAUGGUGACGGUACCAUAACCACCAAAGAAUUGGGUACAGUCAUGCGAUCUCUCGGACAAAAUCCCACAGAAGCUGAAUUACAGGAUAUGAUUAAUGAAGUAGAUGCAGAUGGUAACGGCACAAUCGACUUUCCCGAGUUCUUAACCAUGAUGGCGCGUAAAAUGAAGGACACGGAUAGUGAGGAAGAGAUUAGGGAGGCCUUCAGAGUCUUCGAUAAGGAUGGAAAUGGUUUCAUAUCCGCGGCGGAACUUAGACACGUCAUGACAAAUCUGGGCGAGAAACUCACUGAUGAGGAAGUAGAUGAAAUGAUACGGGAGGCCGAUAUCGACGGCGACGGCCAAGUUAAUUAUGAAGAAUUCGUCACAAUGAUGACAUCAAAGUGAAUGCAAUCUGUGUAACGGAAGAACUCGCGACUCGGAGUGGUGUUGACGUAUUAAAUAAAUCAAGAAACAGAGAAAAAACAUAUGUAACAAAAGAGAAUCAACCAGAAAGUGAUAAAUCUUGUAUCAGGAUGCGAAGAUGUCUAUAAAAGCGCGAAGAGUCAACGUCCGAUACCGCGUUAAAUCAUCGUUUAACGAUAAGUAAUACAGGGCAAUUAACUGUUUAAUUAAAGAGUUAUACCACUAAAGUCAUUAUCUCUGAAAAAGGAAAAAAAACACGAAUAUUAUACGCAUGUACACACAGAAACACAAAAACAUAACAUAUUACAGGUACAUGUUACACCGACUACACUCUAAUGCAAUACACUCGAAGAGUAUAUACACAUAUAUACACACACACAUUCACUCAGAUGUCUUGUUUCUAUUGGGUAUAAAAGAAAUUGGAAGUGAGAUAACGCGAAGACACACAAUUGCGCGCGCAUGUGCACCAACGACAAAGAAAAAGUGCAUUUUCCACUUUCCUCUCUUUCUCGACUGCCCCCCUCCCCUCUCCUCUUGUCACGUCAUAGCUUCUCCCUUCAUCCCCAUCUGCCCCCGUCCCUCUAUAUCAUCCCGAAAGUUUUUUCUUUUUCUUCAUGAGAAAGGCAUGUCGAAGAAUGUAAUUUCUCUUUGCAAAAGGGAGAGGAAAUGUGUGUUUAGGGGGGACAAAGUAUAUAUAUAUAUAUAAAUCCGAUGUAAUAUAUAAUAUUAAAAGCAGCAAAGGUUUAUUUGUCAAUCGAGAGAGAGAUUCAUCGAGAAUUCCUUCGUUCAUUUUUUUAAUAAACGAGAUACGUGUAUAGUGAAUGGUGACGUUAGGAUAUAUAGCUGCUAAAUAGAUGAGGAUGUCUCUACCGUUAAAAAUGCAUGCACAUGUACAAAUGUUUGUUUGUCUCUGUGAGAGAGAAUUCGGCCUGGACCGAUCGUUUUCCAGACAAAGAGAGCGAGAGAGAGAGAGAGCGAAAGCGAGAGCGAGCGAGCGAGUGAGCGAAAGAGAGAGAGAGAGAACAUAAAUACGAUGCGCUUCGGCCUCUGGGUUAUUGAUGACGAAUUCAAAUGUAAAAGUUGUGCUGGACCCCUCGAUACCUCACAAACGAAUAACUUAAUUUAUAUAAGUAACGAGCGAGAAAACUUCUAAAAAAAAUGU